GUUAGUGGGCGCGAGAGCCCCGGACCCCGAAGCCGCGCGCUUCGCUCCCCAUGGGCCACGGCCCAGGGCGGCAGGUCCGGCUGAGGGCGACCCCAGUGGAGAAAGGACCCCGACCCUCCCGACUCCCGGCUCCGGGCUCCGGCCUCGUCCUCCGCUCCCACGCCCCGCCCGGCCUUUAGGGGAGGUGCAGCGCGGCCCGGGCAUGGAGCGUCCCGGGCCCCUGGAGACUCGGCGGAGGGUUGGGCUCCAGGGAGCUCAGAGCUCUCUCGUUCAGGGACCCGAGAGUGACACGCGUGGGAUCGCUUUGCAACCCACGUCUGCACCCCUGCACCCUCCCCUGCAGGAGCCCUCCCAGCCCCAGGACGCCCCCGCCCCAGCACCAUCCCCCUGCAGGGGCCUGCCCAGCCCCGGGAUGCCCCUGACAUCCCCUUGGACAGACUGCAGAAAGCGCGGGGCGCUGCGUCCUCUCCACCUCUCUCUGACCCCAGACACAUUGGGAGGGAGCGGAGGCCACAGGCUCCAUCCUGCUUCAGAGCUGCCGGCUGCCCCGGCAAUGGCUGAGCACCGAAGCAUGGACGGGAGAAUGGAAGCAGCCACACGGGGGGGCUCCCACCUCCAGGCUGCAGCCCAGACGCCCCCCAGGCCGGGGCCACCAUCAGCGCCACCGCAGCCGCCCAAGGAGGGGCACCAGGAGGGGCUGGUGGAGCUGCCCGCCUCGUUCCGGGAGCUGAUCACCUUCUUCUGCACCAACGCCACCAUCCACGGCGCCAUCCACCUGGUCUGCUCCCGUGGGAACCGCCUCAAGACGACGUCCUGGGGGCUGUUGUCCCUGGGAGCCCUGGUCGCGCUCUGCUGGCAGCUGGGGCUCCUCUUUGAGCGUCACUGGCACCGCCCGGUCCUCAUGGCUGUCUCUGUGCACUCAGAGCGCAAGCUGCUCCCGCUGGUCACCCUGUGUGACGGGAACCCACGCCGGCCGAGUCCGGUCCUCCGCCAUCUGGAGCUGCUGGACGAGUUUGCCAGAGAGAACAUUGAGGCCCUGUACAGUGUCAACUUCAGCAAAGGCAGAGCCGCCCUCUCUGCCCCUGUCCCCCGCCGCGAGCCCCACUUCCACCUGGACCAGGAGAUCCGUCUGCAGAGGCUGAGCCACUCAGGCAGCCGGGUCAGAGUGGGGUUCAGACUGUGCAACAGCACGGGCGGCGACUGCUUUUACCGCAGCUACGCGUCAGGCGUGGCAGCUGUCCAGGACUGGUACCACUUCCACUAUGUGGAUAUCCUGGCCCUGCUGCCUGCGGCGUGGGAGGACAGCCACGGGAGCCAGGACGACCACUUCGUCCUCUCCUGCAGUUACGAUGGCACAGACUGCCAGGCGCGACAGUUCCGGACCUUCCACCACCCCACCUAUGGCAGCUGCUACACGGUCGAUGGCAUCUGGACAGCUCAGCGCCCCGGCAUCACCCACGGUGAGUGCCAGCCCCUGGCCGGUGCGGGGGCAGGGGACAGGUCAGGUGGCCUCACACCAGCCCUUGGCCUCCCAGGAGUCGGCCUGGUCCUCAGGGUUGAGCAGCAGCCUCACCUCCCUCUGCUGUCCACGCGGGCCGGCAUCAAGGUCAUGGUUCACGGCCGUAACCACACGCCCUUCCUGGGGCACCACAGCUUCAGUAUCCGGCCAGGGACGGAGGCCACCAUCAGCAUCCGAGAGGAUGAGGUGCACCGGCUCGGGAGCCCCUACGGCCACUGCACGGCAGGCAGGGAAGGCGUGGAGGUGGAGCUGCUAUACAACACCUCCUACACCAGGCAGGCCUGCCUGGUGUCCUGCUUCCAGCAGCUGAUGGUGGAGACCUGCUCCUGUGGCUACUACCUCCACCCUCUGCCGGCGGGGGCUGAGUACUGCAGCUCUGCCCGGCACCCUGCCUGGGGACACUGCUUCUACCGCCUCUACCAGGACCUGGAGACCCACCGGCUCCCCUGUACCUCCCGCUGCCCCAGGCCCUGCAGGGAGUCUGCAUUCAAGCUCUCCACUGGGACCUCCACGUGGCCUUCCGCCAAGUCAGCUGGCUGGACUCUGGCUGCGCUAGGUGAACAGGGACUGCCGCGUCAGAGCCACAGACAGAGGAGCAACCUGGCCAAAGUCAACAUUGUCUACCAGGAGCUCAACUACCGCUCAGUGGAGGAGGCGCCCGUGUAUUCGGUGCCGCAGCUGCUCUCGGCCAUGGGCAGCCUCUGCAGCCUGUGGUUUGGGGCCUCCGUCCUCUCCCUCCUGGAGCUCCUGGAGCUGCUGCUCGACGCUUCUGCCCUCACCCUGCUGCUAGGUGGCCGCCGGCUCCACAGGGCGUGGUUCUCCUGGCCCAGAGCCAGCCCUGCCUCAGGGGCGUCCACCAUCAAGCCAGAGGCCAGUCAGAUGCCCACGCCUGCAGGUGGGACGUCAGACCACCCGGGGCCCAGCAGACCUCAUCUCCCACGGAUGAUGCUUCCAGGGGUUCUGGCGAGAGUCUCAACUGAAGAGAGUUGGGCUGGGACCCAGCCCCUUGAAACUCUGGACACCUGAACCAGACCUGCCAGGGCUGUGCGAUCUCUUGGCCUGGUCCUUGGAGCUGUGGCAGCAGCAGGCUCCCCAGCGGCCCAGGGUGGGCCAGACCAGCGGCUGCAGGGCCUUCCCAGAUCAUCCAGCGGCCCAGGAAGCAGCACACGCGGCCAUGGAGAGGCAGGCACCAGGCAUGUCGGCGCCUCUGGUCAACCACCCUGGGGUGGGUCUCAAGGAGGCCCAGGGCGGAGGGGGGUUCCCGCGUGCACACAAGUGCAGCUGGACGUGCUGACACGCUGUGAUGUGCCCGUGCUCCCUGUGUCUGUCUGUGCAUGUCUACACGUCUGAUGCACCUGUGUACGUGUGUCAAGCCUAGCCACCUCAGCUGCAGGGAGGCAGAAGGCAAGGCGGGCCCCACGGACACACUUGGGCUGCUCUGAAAUAAAGCUGUUGACUCCA